UCGGUGCGUUUGAAGCGCCUGUAAGAUUUGCAGAGUGAGAGAGAGAGAGAGACUCUGUGGGAGGAGAAAGAAUUAAGGAAGGGGAGAAAGGGAAAAGAUGGCGAGUUGCUGGAGCAGUGUGGAGAAAGCGGCAUUUUUGUGCUGCUUUUUGCUGGCAAUGGGGAGCCUAAUUUGCUGCGCCCGGCCGGAGGAGAAGGAAGAGCAAGAAGAGCAGCGCUCCUGUCACGGUGCCUUUGAUCUCUACUUCGUCCUGGAYAAGUCUGGAAGUGUCAAACAUCAUUGGACUGAGAUUUACUCCUUUGUGGAAAGCCUAGCUGAGAAGUUCAUAAGUCCAAUGUUGCGGAUGUCUUUCAUUGUUUUUUCUUCACGAGGCACUACGAUAAUGAAACUAACAGAGAACAGGGAAGCCAUAAGACGAGGGCUCGACAUUCUUAAGGAAGAAGUGCCUGGAGGAGACACRUUCAUGCAUGAAGGAUUUAAAAGGGCAAAUGAGCAAAUUUACCAUGAGACCUAUGGAGGAGUUCGGACCGCGAGUGUGAUUAUUGCUCUGACGGAUGGAGAGUUGCAAGAUGCUCAGUUUUAUUACGCAGAACAAGAAGCCAACAGAGCCAGAAGCUUUGGGGCUAUUGUUUAUUGUGUUGGAGUGAAAGAUUUCAAUGAAACUCAGCUGUCAACRAUUGCUGACAGCAUCGAUCAUGUUUUUCCAGUUAAGGGAGGCUUUUAUGCCCUAAGAGGAACCAUUGAUUCGAUUCUCAAGAAGUCUUGCAUUGAGAUCCUAGCGGCUGAACCAUCCAGUGUUUGUGCAGGAGAAUCCUUUCAAGUUGUGGUAAGAGGCAAUGGCUUUUAUCAUGCAAGGAAUAUCGACCAGGUACUCUGCAGCUUCAAGCUCAAUGACAGCCUUACUAUCAAUGAAAAGCCAAGUUUUGUUCAUGAUACUUACUUACUUUGCCCUGCCCCAGUGAUAGAAGAUGCUGGACAGGUGGUUUUCCUACAAGUCAGCAUGAACAACGGRCUAACAUUCAUUUCCAGCUCUGUCAGCAUCACCAGCACACAGUGUCUGACUGGGACCAUCCUUUUCAUUGCUCUUCUGAUUCUCUUUCUGCUGCUGGCUCUGGCUCUUCUGUGGUGGUUUUGGCCCCUUUGCUGCACGGUGGUGAUCAAGGAGCCGCCGCCACCACCGCCUCCGGAGCCUGACUCAGAUGAUGAAGAUGGAUUGCCAAAGAAGAAGUGGCCAACCGUGGAUGCAUCUUAUUAUGGAGGUCGAGGUGUUGGUGGGAUUAAGAGGAUGGAGGUGCGAUGGGGAGACAAGGGUUCAACAGAGGAAGGAGCAAAGUUGGAAAAACCCAAAAAUGCUAUUAUUAAGUUGCCAGAACAGGAGUAUGAGCCGUGGGAACCCAAGCCGAAGAAGCCCCAUGUGAGAAAACCACCUUCCCAGCGAAAAUGGUAUACUCCAAUCAAGGGUAAACUUGAUGCACUGUGGGCAUUGGUUCGACGAGGCUAUGAUCAAGUCUCUCUUAUGAGGCCACAGCCAGGGGAUAAGGGAAGAUGCAUAAACUUCACACGAGUGAAAUCGGAUGGAACCUCGGCCCCUUACAGCCCACCACCAAAGGUGCCAUGGCGUGACAAUGCUCCCCUCAACAAUGCUCCAAGGAGCCCUCCUGUGUCUCUGCAGCCCCCUUCCAGACAGCCACCUCCUGGGCCACCUCCAUCCCGAGCCCCUCCAGGACCUCCUCCUUCGCGCCCACCCCCGCAGCCCAUGGCUUAAGAGUGCAGCAAAACCUGAUCGACAAAACAUGUCUCUUUGCUGAACACAGCAUAUUUAUUGAGUAUUGGUUUACAGUUAAAAGAUAUCAGAAUUUGUUGCUGGUCAGCAAAAAAAAAAGAAAAAAAAGGAAAAAAAAUUGCCAAGUGUCAAUUUUAGUGUAUGAAUAUAUUUAUACCACACGUGCUGAGUAAACAUUCAGUGGAUAGAUUCAGAGCUAUGGGGUAUAGAAACAAACCAAAAUGAUCAUCUAGAUACAGUAGCAGCUUCUGUGUAUAUACAUUUGAAGAUCUAUUUAGAUAUGACAUUUGUCUGACUUGUUUUGUCAGACCAUUCAUUAAUAACUUUAGCCGGUACUCGUGCAUCAGUGGCUUUGAUAGCUGCCACCUGCAAGUUGGUUCAACAUAGUUCAUUGAGGAAUUUGCUUUCUUUUCCCCAACACUACUGCAUCCAGAUGUUAAUAUGGAUCAACAAUUGCAAAGAUAUCUUUCUGCCGCUGSUUCUGCAGGAGGAACUUCCAUGGGGGUUUUAAGAAGCCUGUAACAUCAAUGCGGUAACACUAGACUUAUGUGCCAAUAAUCGAGCUCAGUAAUCUAGCACAGAAUAAGGAUGUAUGUUUUUCACCUGAAAAAAUCAGUUUUGAGCCUGCCAUCUCUGCAUAUGUUUAGACUUGGUUGCAUAGGAUAACCACUGAAGGCCAUAUACUGUCUCUAGAAAUCCAAACUUUGGAGAAGACUUGGGUUCAGAUUUGCCCAAAGUUCAGAGGAAUUUAGAGAAAAACUUUUUGGCUAGGUGUUUAGUUUUCAUUUACAGCAAGCAUAGUCCAAAAUGAAGCAAACAUACAUGGAAUUUGAGUGCAGAUGACAUAGUGAGCUAACAGUAUAUGUUAUUUAUAUCAGCAGCAUUUAGAGAGUGAUUCUGUUGCUGUUUUAUUGGACAAAUUUCCUUCCGACCUUACUGCUAAGAASAAUUUGAUCCUUUUGUAAUUCAAUCAUAAAUUCCUCAUUGGGCAGUUCUUUCUUUAGACAGUUGAGAUCCCACUAACAUGUAACCCUGCAGUCUGCUUGUGGUUGAGAGGCAUGGUGUGAAGUGUGAGUAUGAGCUUUUAUCCCUGUUUUAUAUGCUUGGCUGCUCUCCCAUGACCUCAAUUCUGGGUGUCAUCAGAAAGUGAUGUGAGCACCCACACAGAGGUGGAAAUUUAUGACGCGGGACUGUGGGUCAGCCCAUCAUUAGUGYUCACUAAGCCAUGCCUGAGUGGGUUGUGCCCAGAGCAUUCCCUAGUGAUUCAAAAUAACACCUGAGCUUGCUUUUUCUCCACCACUACCUACCAUACUGGCGAGGGAACCUAUGCUGGUUCACUUUGGCACUGGCUGUGUUUUUAGGAUAGUUGUAGAAAUAAUGAUAUGUUGCAUUAUGACACAGCAUAUACCUAUUUCUCCAUCUGUGUGUGGGUGUGUGAYACAUCACAGCAGUUAUUGGCACGUAAAUCUAAGAUAAAACACUGACUGUAUYGUGCAGUUGCUCCAGAUUUAAGACCUUUUCUUGCAGUUGUUGCAGGCAUAUGAAGUUGUUCUGGUACAAACAGAAAUCAAGCUUACUGUUUCCAGUGGAAGUCCCACCUGCAGAACAGCACCAAGCUCUCAUCAGUCUAUGCUGAUCACUGUGAUGUGCCGUGUGUAUGCAGCUGAGGCUGUCAAACAUAACUCAGAAGAACCACAGAGCCUCUUUCUCCUCUUGCACUGCUCUGCUCUCUUGAGCUUAGCUCUUACCUCAUUAUAUUGGUGCAGGUAGUGGAAUCACAAUUGUUAGUGCCAGCUGGUCUUGGAGCUUUUCCUAGUUUAGGCCUGAGCCAGCAAAGCACUUGAAUAUGUUAAAAUGYCCUGCAGGUCAAGAGAAACUUUCUUAUGCCCAAGUACUUUGCUGACCUGUGACUUCAUUGUGAUCAGAAAGGAGAAUURGGAUGCACUCAACCCUAUCCUCAUUCUUUUUGGACAUUUGAAUAGGGUCUGCAUAAUUUGGUUCAUAAGAAUGGAUUUCUGUUUGGAGGAGAAAGAAGAGUGUUUGUAUGUGUGUGCGUGUGCCUGUGUUUGGGUGUGGGAACUGUGUAGGGUUUUGUUUAGUUUCUCUUGCUUUACAAAAAUUGCUUGAGAGUUGCACUCCUAUGAAUGGAAAGGCCUUUUGCAGCCAGUGUGACACACAGUCAUCACUUAGCUCUGUUUCCUUCAGCUGAAAGGCAAAACUAAAACCGGUCCCAUUUUCCAUUGCACUUCUGGUGAAGCUGUGCUUUGGGCCUCAGUGAAAGGAUCUGGAUGACUGCAGUGAGGGGGUAGGGGGAAGGGUGGGGGAAGGUGCUUCACAAGCAGAGAUCAUUGGUGAACAUUAUGUUGGUAAUAUGGAAAYGUUGAAAUAAUCUUGCUGGGUCUGAGACUAUUUGUAAUGUGUAUAUACAGGUGACCCUAACAGCUUCUCACAGUGGUUGUAUAAGAAUAAUUAGCCAGCAAAUGCUAACUAGAAACUGAAAUGGCAGCGGGCAAUAAAACUGUUUCCCACACCAGCAUAAAACAGGGCAKUAGAGCUUUAGCUGCUUGUGGGGUUGGGGCAGGCCACUGCUCUGUAGAUGCCAAGUCUCUUAUCAGCAGGCAGUGAAGAGACUGAAGCAGUGACUUGGUGGGUCGAGAGUUAACUUUAGCUAAUGAAAAAGCUGGGGAGCUAGAUUUUGUCUUGUCUUACACCUCUACAGGCUUUGGGAGGGGUGAGUAGAGUUGGUGAUUUGCCUUGAUAUUAGUGUAGGUAAAAUUGCAGUCACUGCCAGAGGCAGUGGAGGUGUUGGCUUCUCACAGUCACACAUCAAACGUUCCUGUUCUUUGCAGCUGAGAGGAAUACUUUUAUUUGCUGCAAUAGCCAGUCUUGCACAGGUAACACAUACUAACAAUUCUGCACAACUUCCAAGUGCAGCAAGAACAGGAACACUUUGGGCUUCCAGGUGAACAGGUUCAAAGCAGGAACCACCAUGGAUUUGAAAAUUAGAUUUGGCAUAAAUUGAGUUUCCUGCAUUCUCCCUGUAAAAAAAAAAAAAAAAGAGCAUUUGGUGUGUAACUUAAGUAUUGGCUUCUGUGACAGGAACACUGCAAGUUAAGUUUUCCAGUAAAGCAGGAAGAGAAAGUGAACUUUUUUGCCUUAAACUGAGUUGCUUUGCAAAGGAAGGAGCAGUGAAUGUGCUGCACUGGCUACAGAAAGGCCUUUUGGUGGUGUAGAAAUGUACCUGUUUGCAGUGAUCUCAGGCACUGUAACAGCACAGCAGGAGAARCUGUUGCUAUUUUGUCGUCUGUUGAGCUUGAUCCCUACCUGGUAUACAUCAAAAUAGACCAACUGAAAUCAAGGCAGUAAUAUUGAUGUCCAUCAGCUGAGAACUGUCUCAAAAUGAAUGAAGGGGAAAAAAAUCCCUCUAACUGGCUUGAUGUUUUAAUGUUUGUUUUAGUAUUCUUGUGUAUGUCAGUUGUGAUUACAGUAGUUACAUGCUAAGAAAUGUUCUCACAUGGGAUGAUUCCCAUGUAUUUUCCAGCACAUGGCAUCAUUUGACACUUGCAAGAAGUGAAUAUCUAAUGCUUCCCCAGAUCCUGGAUGAAAAUGUGGAUUYAGGGGACCUUGGGCUCACACUCUGUAUGGAUGUGACACGGCACAAGGUGCAAAGCAGCAGGGAGGGAAACUCUAUGUGUUUAAACCUGAUACAGAACCACACUGAUCAAAGCAUAUUUAUGGCCAUCUUUCAACCUCAGUGCAUGUGUUGCCAUCUGCAGGAGUAGCCUGCAGAACAGACGGUCCUAAGUAGAAAAAGAAAAAGGAAAUUAAAAGAAUCAGCUUCUCAUGUGAAAGAGCAAGCAUAACAAUGAAUGACAUUAUUUUGUGAACUGUACCAGUUCAAAUGCAUGUGCACCUGGUGCUCCUAAUACUUUUUACUUCUGUUGGUCUUCAGACAACAUGAUCAGUAAUAUGCUUUCUCUCUUUAAUCGUUUGCUUUUUUUAUUGUUGUUAGUUUUUUUUUUUUGUUGUGGUUUGUUUGGGUUUUUUUUUUUAAGAAACAUUUCACUGAGAAAACAGCCCUACUUGUGUAAAUAUAGAGUUUAAUUUGGAGGAGACAGCACACUUCUGGAUGUUACUGCUGGACAGUUAUUUAUUAAAAGGGGCUCAAGGUGAAUAAAUAGUGGUGGCUCAGGAUACAAGCAUGCAAGUGUGAUAAUGCAGUAUAGCAUUUUCAGUUCUCUGUAGUUUUUUGGUAAGGGGAAUUUUUGGGUCAUCCUAGUUUGUUUAGAAGUUUUUGCUGAUAUACUUUUGGAUAACGCAAUAGAGAUUCCUAACAUAUAACAGUGCUUGAACAAAUGUGUAGAUUCUGAUAGAUUUUUUAUUUGGGAUGAGGAGAGGGGUAAUGAGGGAGAAAUAUUUUAGGAAAUGUAGUUUUUACAGGGAAAAAAAUGUACUGUACUCAAUUUAAAAUUUUUUUGUCUGUAUAGAAAGAUGUAGUGUUUUCAGAAACAGUGGGGAUGUGGGCUGAUACACAGCUGGGGCAUGGAGAUGAGGGACAGGGGAAGCAGUAGGAUUUUUGAGGGAUAAAGAAGCUUUCCAUAGGGGAGUGGGUUUGUCACUGGUACAGGUGGUACAAAUUUCUGUAACUGACAUGCUGCUUCCAUGUAAUAAUCAUGUAACUUUAUGCAUUUUAUGCGCRUGCUCCGUUUUUCUGAGAAAACCUUGCAAAUGUAAUGCCUGCAUGCAAAUGUGGGAGAUGUAGCCAAAAUCUUAUAAUCUAACGUAAUGUAGUCUUAAUGGAUUCAGAAUCAACAAUAAAAGUGCUUACUGGUUAAACACU